AUGCGCCGCGCCUUUUUUUUGCUCGCCCUGGGCAUCACACUUGUCAUGACUGCCGGUCAGGAUUUGUUCACCCUCAAGAACGUCAAGGUGAUUGAUAAGUCCAAGACAGCGAGGGAUCAGUGGAGCAUGAAGGGCAAUCUAGAUGACCCGACGAUGACUGUUGUACCUUUGAUCGGCCAGGAAGGUCUUACCGUGGAGUUGCAGGACAUGGCCCUCGCCACGCUUGAGAGCACGGCUUUCGCGGCCAGCGAUUGCAAGUUGCGUCGAAACGGACGAGGCGUCAGCUGUAAGACGAGGGGUGCUCGGGUGUCCAUUAAAAUGUCCAGGCGUCCCAAGGGUGCCAAUGUCCAGAACAGCAAUUACAACUCGACUGGCGGGUACUACAGUGCGUCAGGAAUGUUCCGCCGAUUGCAGUUCCUGCAGGACCCUAUUGUGUUCCCCCUAACCGUGGUAUUGAAUGUGCCCAGCAUACCUUUCCCACCAUCUGCCAUGGUCUCCUCAUGCUCUGAGAAGAUCAAGGGUGCUGGGAGGACCACCAGGAUCACGUGCACGCCCGGGCCUACUCCUGUUACACCGGCCCCUACCACCGCUUAA